AUGGCACAUACAGAAGACUGUUCAACUGUUCUGGAGCAGUUCGUUCAUGAUGUUGCGAACUUGCCCGCGGAGAUUACCCACCUGAUGGAGGAAAUUCAAGCUAAGGAUAAAAUAAUGCAAGAAUGCCGUAUGACGAUAAAUUCCCGCGACAAUAGUCUGCAAAAAUUCAUCAAACAGCAUGGAAGCCACGUUCCCAACCCCAAGGAAGACAGCUACAGCAGGACGAUAUUACAGAACUUGGAUCGCAGCCAGGUGCUACAGGAUGACAAGAUCCAACUGAGCGAGAAGGCAUGCAUGUUGCUCGAUCGCCAAAUCAAGAAGCUAGACAUUAAGAUUCGAGAGCUUCAAAAUGAUGGGGUCCUUUCAAAAGAUCCACCCAUCCCAUCCCUCUUCCGAAAUAAAGACCAAUUCCGCGAACCGCAAAAGCCAAUCUUGCCAGAACAAGCACCAGCAGAAACAUCAUAUGCCUCACCUCUCAACCCAACAUCUGGGAAUUCGGCUCUACAAUAUAACCUCCCCCAUAGAGCAAACAACACCAUAACUGGACGCUCAGCAUCCUCCGCAGCGGCCCUUGCCGCCUCGCAAACCAAUGUCCGAAAUUCCGCUCCCGCUACCCCAGCCUCCGCCAUUCUCCAUCUUCAACAGCGUCGCGAGUCUUCCGCAGGUGCCGUGGAUAAUAAACGUAGACGCCUCAACACAUCACUCGGAAACGUUCCAGCUGCUUCCUCGAACCUACGCCAAUCGUCCCUUGGCCCAGGCACGCCAAAACCAGGUACUCCAGUAGCAUCACGUGCGGGAAGUGUAGGGCCCCGCGCCACAACGGUAGCAAAAAAGCCACCGCCCAAGAAGGUAGCGCCGCAUCAGCAACAGGCACGGCGCAAGACAGCGACGGUGGGGAAACCCACAAAGCGUUCAUCAAGUGGGAAUGGCCGUCUAAAGGUGAUUACGGCGAAUAUCGCGGCUGCCGCGGCAUCAAGGAAGAAAUCGCCAUCCUCCACCACUGGCCUUGUAGAAGAGGAAGAGGAAGAGUCUGUCCUUAGCAGCGCUGAGGUGUCGGAAUCGGAAAAUAAUCUGCCGGCGUCGAAACGGAAUGCUGGGGCGCGUGGCGCUGGUGCUGGUGAAUCUGAGGGGGAGGCUGAUGAGGAGGAGGAUGAGGGUGGAGAGGAUACGAAGACUUAUUGUACGUGUCGCAGUGUUAGUCAUGGUGAUAUGGUGGCGUGUGACAAUGAUGAAUGUCCCUACGAGUGGUUUCACUGGAAGUGUGUUGGGUUGACGAGGGAGCCGUUGGGGACUUGGUAUUGUGAUGAGUGUAGGAAGAAUUUGGGGAAGUGA